AUGUAUAAUUUGAGCUGCUACAAUCGUUCCUUUAUCCUUGGGGGAAUACCUGGCCUGGAGACGUUCCACAGCUGGAUCGGGAUUCCCUUUGGUGUCAUCUAUGUUCUGGCUAUUGUGGGCAACGGCACCCUCCUGUACCUCAUCGCCGUUGAGCACAGCCUCCGUGAGCCCGUGUUCUUCUUCCUAGCGAUGCUGGCUGCCACGGACCUCGUCCUGUCCACUGCCACAGUGCCCAAACUGCUCAGUAAGCCCUGGCUGGGCUCCCAGGAAAUAACCUGCUCUGGCUGUCUCACCCAGAUGUUCUUCCUCCACUUCAGCUUUGUAGGGGACCCGGCUAUCCUGUUGGCCAUGGCAUUCGAUCGCUGCGUGGCCAUCUGCUUCCCCCUGCGGUACACCACCACCCUGACCCCGCAGGCGCUCAUUAAGCUUGUGGUGAGCAUCCUUGGGAGAAGCUUCUCUGCCAUCUGGCCAGAUGUUUUUCUGCUGAAACGGUUACCCUUCUGUGGGACACGCAUCAUCCCGCACACAGACUGCGAGCAUAUAGGUGUUGCUCUGCUUUCCUCUGCUGACAUUUCUGUCAACAUCUGGUACGGAUUUUCUGUGCCUCUCAUGACUGUCAUGUCGGAUGUGAUCUUAAUUGCUGUUUCCUACACCAUCAUCCUCCGUGCUGUCUUUCAGCUCUCAUCUCAGGGUGCCCGCCAAAAGGCGCUCAGCACCUGUGGCUCCCAUGUCUGUGUCAUCCUCGUGUUUUACACACCUGCCUUCUUCUCCAUCAUUGCCCAUCGCUUUGGGCACAGUGUCCCUCGAAAUGUGCUCAUCCUGUUUGCCAACCUUUAUGUGGCCGUCCCCCCUGCUCUAAAUCCUGUGGUCUAUGGAGUGAAGACCAAGCAGAUCCAGGACAAAUUUAUUCUCCUCUUCUCUUUGAAGAAGACACAAUAA